CGAAAAGGAUAUUCCUGUUUUCUCUCUCGAAUAUUCUCUUCUUUUUACCGUUAUAUUCCUUCUUCUUCUCCUCACAUUUCCCUCAUUUUCGCUCCGCUUGCACUCUGUCAUUUUCUUUCCAACCAAACGCCCGGAAAUAUGAAAUUCGGUAAGAGCCUCAGUAAUCAGAUCGAGGAGACCUUACCUGAAUGGAGAGACAAGUUUCUUUCCUACAAGGAACUCAAGAAGCAGUUGAAGCUCAUCGAUCCCAAAGCCGGAGACAGGCCGAACAAACGCCUGAGAUUGGAUGCCGGAGAUUGUUUCGAUGCCAGAGAGAAGGAGGCUGGUGACAUGACGAAAGAGGAGGUCGAUUUCAUCAAGUUGUUGGAAGACGAGCUCGAGAAAUUCAAUACUUUCUUCGUCGAAAAGGAGGAAGAAUAUAUCAUCAGAUUGAAGGAGUUGCAAGAUAGGGUUGCAGAAGCAACGGGCUACAAUGAAGAGAUGAUCAAAAUUCGGAAGGAGAUUGUGGACUUCCAUGGAGAGAUGGUCUUGCUGGAGAACUAUAGCGCCCUCAAUUAUACAGGAUUGGCAAAGAUACUAAAGAAGUAUGACAAAAGAACUGGUGCUCUGAUUCGGUUGCCCUUCAUUCAGAAGGUCUUGCAGCAGCCCUUCUUCACCACGGAUUUGCUUUACAAACUUGUUAAGGAGUGUGAGGCAAUGCUUGACCGCCUCUUCCCAACUAAUGAACUGCCAGCAUCAACUGUGGCAACUGAUGGACAGGAAGGGUGUGGUGAUCCCACAACUACGGCCACCACCCAGAAUGAUUCUCUUCUUAGAAUGCCCAAGGAACUUGCAGAGAUUGAGUACAUGGAGAGCUUAUGCAUGAAGAGCACCAUAGCUGCAUUGCGGGCUCUGAAGGAAAUUCGCAGUAAAAGCUCAACUGUUAGUGUAUUCUCCUUGCCACCUCUUCAAAUUAGUGGAUUGGAGGAUACAUGGAAAAAGAUCCCAGAACUUCCUGUUCUGGAACAAGAAGCCAAGUAGUUGGAGUUUUCUCUCCUCUUUCUUUUCUUUUUCCGAGGGAAUUGGGACAGGUCUAUCCCUUAUGUAUCAUAUCUCCCCCCGCCCCCUUUUUUUUAAACACCUCUCAUGCAUCUGCAUGCAUGUGUUAGUUACUAACAAAGAUAUAAAAAGGCUUAAAUUUAAACUAAAA